AAAGAAGUAAUAAUUACCUAGUUAUUUCAAUUUAUGAUAACUUCACUUAAAAAUCAUUAAAACUACGUAAAAAUGGCAAAAAAGCUUAAAGUUAGUGCUAUUAAAAGAAGUAAUCAAAAGAGAACUAAACUUACACGUCAAGGAAAACUUAAAACAAGACGUCAUAAACCAGCAAAAAGGCAAGUUCAAAAAACAGUUCACCAUGCAGAAACUGUGGAAGAAGAAGAAAGUGAUCAUGGUGAAGACCUUAUGAAUAUGGUUGAAAAAGAUGAUUUAGUAUUCUUAAGAGAAGCUAUCUCUAAUAAAUCUUAUAAUCUAUUGAAACAAAUACGUGUAAUUGAAACAGAUGAUGAUAAAAGGAAAAAUAAGAAGAAAAAAGAGAAAGAGAAAACAUUGGAAGAAAGGUUUGAAAAUAGUAUGUCAAAAGUAACUGAGAAAGAUAAUAUGAAGAAAGUUCGUAUGUUACUUCCUACAAAAACUGAAAAUGGAAUUAUAGAACAAAGGUUAAUUGAAGAAAGUAAUGAUGAAGAUAGUAAUGAGGAACAUGAUGCUGAAGAUAAUAACAUGGAAAUAGAAUCAAGCUUGCUUGAUGGGAAAGAAGAUGUAAAUAAAAAACCUGUGUCUAUGAUAGAUCUUUUAGCAUGUCGUAAAGAGGUAUUGAGAUCUAAACGUUUGAAAAUAGGAUUACUAUCUAGCACUCUUCUAGAAACACCAGAAACCAGAUGUGAAAAUUUUAAAACACUGUUAGAAUUAAUGGAAGAAAAUGAUCCAGAAGUAUAUAUUACUGUGAGAAAAUUAGCAACUGUUUCUCUACUAGAAGUUUUUAAAGAUUUGUUGCCAUCUUAUCAGAUUCAUCAAAUUCCACAAGAUGUAAAAUUGAAGAAAGAAACAUUUGCAUUACAGAAUUAUGAAACUACAUUGCUAAGAUAUUAUAGGUCUUAUCUGCAAAAAUUAGAAAGAAUGUGUAAUGUACUAAGAAGGAAGAAGGGUGAUGCACGACAAAUAAAAGAACAAGAAAUUGAAUUAGGAAAACUUGCAGUGACAUGCAUGUGUGAUCUUAUAGUAACUAAUACCUACUUUAAUUAUUCUGUCAAUAUAGCAAAUUUUCUCCUACCACUUUUGGAUAAUAAACAUGAGACUGUAAGACAAGAAGUCUUAAAAUGCUUUUCUCAUAUUUUUAAAACAGACAAGCGUGCUGAAUUGUCUCUUAAAAUUGUACGUAAGUUAAAUCAAUACAUAAAAUUAAAAGCACAUUCAGUUCAUUCUGAGGUUAUAUCUGUACUUCUUUCUCUUCGUAUAAAAGAUGUAAAUUUAGAUAAAGAGAAAGAAGAAGAGGCUAAAGAAAAAAAACUUAUGUCUCAUAAACAAAGAAUUCUUGCUUUAAGUAAACGAGAAAGGAAGAAAGAUAAGAAUCUGGAGAAAGUAGAAAAAGAAUUACGUGAAACCAAAGCAGAAGAAAAUAAACAGUCUAAACAAAAACUACUUACUGAAAUAACAAGUGUAGUAUUUACAAUUUACUUUAGAAUUUUAAAACAAGCCCCAAAUAGUAAAAUUUUGUCCAUUUGUUUGGAAGGAUUGGCAAAGUUUGCACAUUGCCUAAACUUAGACUUUUAUCAAGAUUUAGUAACUGUUAUAGAUAAGCUAAUGGAAGAGGGUAAUUUAAGUUUGAAAGAUCAGUUACAUUGCAUUCAAUGUGUAUUUACAAUAUUGUCAGGACAAGGUUCAGCAUUAAAUCUUGACCCAUACAGGUUUUAUGCACAUUUAUACAAAAACUUAUUUAGUAUCCAUUGUGGUAGAACUCAUUCUGAGACAGAAAUUCUUAUAAAGAUUUUACUUCAAGCUUUAAUUAAUAGAAGAAAAAGAAUCACUCAAAGUCGUGUAGUAGCAUUUAUCAAAAGACUUGGAAGAGCAGCAAAUAUUCUGUUGGAUACUGAUUGUUCUAGUGGAGAUGGUUUUUAUCAAGCAGAGCUAGAAGAACCUGAGUGUUGCAAUGCUCAUUGCACAGCAUUAUGGGAACUCGCAGCUUUACAACGACAUUAUCACAGUACAGUACAAAAGAUGGCAAAAAACAUAGCUUGGGGUGUGCCACCAACUGGUGAAGGCAGUUUAUCUCCAGAAAUUGCAAAACUUACUCCAGAAGAACUUUACACUGAAUUUGAUCCCACUGGUGUUGUAUUUAAACCAGCAGUACCAAUUCCCAAAAAGAGAAGAAGUUCCAAGAAAGCAACAACAACACAUCAUCAGUUUAUAAAUAGCGAAUUUAAAGAAUAUAUUAAUACUAUAAAUAAUACUGAAUUAUUUGCAAAUGGAUACAUAGAUUUUUAUAAAGACUUACAAUAG